AAGACGAGAAAGAACAGCGAGAGAAAGAGAGAGAGAGAAAGACCUUCCCGAGUCGACUCGGAACGAGUUGUUUUUUUUCUUAUCUGUAUUCGUUUUGGAGCUCAUUUCUCUCAAGCUCACUCAUUACUCGGAUAUCUGUUUCUCUCUCCUCGCCGGCGCGUCAUUUGUCGUUUAUCGUCGAGUCUUGAUUAUUGUUACUUUCCUGUUAUCUGGACUUUAACUAUGGAAGCGCGUCUUGUUUAGUUAAAGGAUUUGGUUUGGUUGAUUAUUAGUCUUAGGAGGAAGAAGAAAAUAUCUUUCUUUUGAAGCCAUCUAAGGCUGUGAUAUCUCCGCCUUGAUUCUCCACAUUCAUGUCACGUAAGCUUGACAGUCCUAUUCAGACACAAAUGGCUGUUUCGCUUCUAAAGAGUCCCCUGACCGGGGAGUUCCAUGAGUUUAACAAGAUGGGGAUGAAGCCGACACCUGUGGGUCGUAGGCGUGUUUUUGUUCAGACAGAGUCUGGUUGUGUACUGGGGAUGGAGUUGGAUCGUAGUGAUAACGCACACACUGUGAAAAGGAAGUUGCAGGUUGCUCUUAACUUCCCUACAGAGGAAAGCUCUUUGACUUUUGGGGAUUUGGUGCUUAAUAAUGAUCUCACAUCAGUUAGGAAUGAUUCUCCUCUGCUACUAACUCGGAACAACUUUCAUAGGAGUUCAUCUACUCCAUGUCUUUCUCCAAUGAGAGCUGAUCAUCAGCAGUGUAGAGAUGAGACUAGUUCUAUUGAGAUUCUUGGGAACUCUGUUUGUUCUUCCUUUGUGAGGCAAAUGGCGAAGGAUAUUACAAAGGCGUUGAAGAGAGGGAUUGAUCCUGUUGCUGUCAAUAGUGGGCUUGGAGGAGUCUACUUCUUCAAGAACAGCCGUGGUGAUAGUGUUGCAAUUGUUAAACCAACUGAUGAGGAGCCUUUUGCUCCUAAUAAUCCGAAAGGUUUUGUUGGUAAGGCGCUUGGACAGCCUGGGUUGAAACGUUCUGUGCGUGUUGGGGAAACAGGUUACAGAGAAGUCGCCGCUUAUCUCCUUGACAAGGAUGGUUUUGCAAAAGUUCCUCCCACUGCUCUUGUGAAGAUAUCUCAUUGGAUAUUUAAUGUUAAUAAUGGAGUGAAUGCGAGUAAGCGUAUGGAGAAGAUGUUGGUGAGUAAGAUUGCUUCUUUGCAGCAGUUUAUACCUCAUGAUUAUGAUGCUAGCGAGCAUGGAACGUCCAGCUUCCCUGUUUCGGCUGUGCACCGUAUAGGGAUUCUUGACAUCAGAAUCUUGAAUACGGAUAGGCACUCAGGGAACCUUCUGGUUAGGAAGCUGGAUGGUGUGGGGAUGUUUGGUCAAGUGGAGCUGGUUCCUAUCGAUCAUGGUCUUUGCUUGCCGGAGACUCUUGAGGAUCCUUACUUUGAGUGGAUUCAUUGGCCACAGGCAUCGAUCCCGUUCUCAGAGGACGAGCUGAAGUACAUUGCAAGUCUUAAUCCUUUUGAGGAUUGUGAGAUGCUGAGAAGGGAGCUUCCAAUGGUAAGAGAGGCGAGUCUUCGUGUGUUAGUUCUCUGCACGAUUGUACUGAAGGAAGCUGCUGCUUAUGGUUUAUGUCUGGCUGAAAUUGGUGAGAUGAUGACUAGAGAGGUUCGUGGUGGAGACGAGGAGCCUAGUGAGAUUGAAGUUGUUUGUCUUGAGGCUAUGAGUUUGAUAGGAGAGAAGGAAAUUGAGUCUCCAAGAUCAGACUUGGGUGGUGAUGUUGAAUUCCAGUUCGAUUUAGAUUGUGAGGAAGUUGGAUUCACUCUUGGAAACACUCGUAGUCAUCUCUCAAAGGUGGAAGAAACAACAGAGGAAGAAGAUGAAGAAGAAGAAGAGAAGGAAAUGAAUGAGAUAGUUAUUCCUGAGAAAACGCCGGCUAUUACCAAGCUUUCAAUGUCUUUGAAAAGCACACUUCUUGGUGAAAAGAGCCAGAAGUAUCAGAAACAUCCAGGAGCGAGAGCAGAGAGCGCAUAUGCGUCGUCUGGUGGGCACAGGAGUGCAGAGGAACAGAUUCCAGCAAGCACAAGCUUUGUGAAGCUCUCAGAUAUGAGUGAAGAGGAGUGGAAGAUUUUCCUGGACAAGUAUCAAGAGCUGCUUUAUCCGGCGUUUGCAAAGCGCAAGGCUAUAACUUUAGGACAGAAUCUGAGGCAGAGGCUGGGAACUUCGUGCCAGUUUUGA